GAGGAGAGGAAAAGGGAACGGAUACAUGGCAUUGGAGGGCGAAGGCGAGGGCGGCGGCCCACCGGCGAAGAAGGCGGGGUGGAGCAAGGAGGAGGACGAGCGGCUGCGGGAGAUGGUGAGGCAGAACAAAGCCAAGGACUGGGGCGUCAUCGCCGCCGCGUUCCCCGGCCGCACCGACAAGUCGUGCCGCCUCCGGUGGCGGCAGCACCUGGACCCCAGCGUCGACGCGCAGCCCUUCACCCCCGACGAGGACAGGACGAUCGUGGAGCUGCAGCUCGUCCACCGCAACCGCUGGUCCACCAUCGCGGCCUUCCUCCCCGGCCGCAGCGACAACGCCGUCAAGAACCGCUGGAACACCCACCUUCGCAAGCGCCGCGCGCAGGACGACGGGCAGCAGCAGCAGCAGCAGCCGCUGGAACGGGCGCCGGCGUGCCUCCCACUGUUCCCUCUGACGCCGGGAUUCCACCACAGCACGGUACGGCCUAUGCCGGUCGGGGAGAACGCCCCGGGGCCUGAAAGAAGCGCGUUGCCGGAGUGCCUCGAGCUUUUCCCCCUGUCUCUCGGGGAUGUCAUGGACAAUGCGACCGGCGCGGCGGCGAUGUAUGUGGAUACGGACGGCAUCUGCUCGCUCACCGAGAUGAGGCUUUCACCGCCGGCGGUGGAUGUGGAUAUCGGGGCCGUCUGCUCGCCCACCGACACCGAGUCGAGGCUUGCACCGGCGACGGUGGUGUUCGACGCAAUGCCGCUGCAGGCUUUCUGGGUGGAGUAGGCUCUAUUUAGUUCAAAAAAUAUCCGCGUUCACCUGUCACGUUAAAGCUUUGAACAUAUGUAUAGAGUAUUAAAUAGGGUCGGCCUAUUGAUCAAAAGUUUAAAAAUUUUAAUUCUAUCAAUUAAAUCCGGUCAAUGUCGUCGGAUGAUAAUUUAAAGAUAUACACGCAAGUCAAAAAUUUCAUACACGCCCCCUCCCCCAAGUCCAUGUAUUACGCGUGUG